CGCUGAUUCGAGGCACUCGCCCUAGCUGAACUCGGACUGGGAGGCAAUACUGUAUGAAUGGGUGCAAAGUUGACAUCACUUGCACGUCUCUUUCUGACGUAGACUAUCCACCAGAAACGGUGAAUACCAUGCUCUGUUCGAUUUUAGUCUCAUGGUCUAGUUUCCUACAUGUUAGUCUACUGUAGAUAACAUUUGGAGGAGUUAAUCGACAUGCAUUAGAAGAGGAGAAACACAACUUGCUGGGCUGGUGGACUGGACAGAGGAAGAUUCCGUGAGAACACUCGCAGGGCGCGUAUGGAUUACAUGUAAAGCCAGGGUUGGUUUCGCUGCUAUCUGAGGGAAAGUCAUUCGAGUAGUGCAUUUUCAGGAGACCAUGGACAGCCUCGCUUCCGUGCCAGAGGGAUUCCGUUCAGCCUGGAUUGAUGUUGGAUUUACCCGGGACUCCCAGAGCUCACAGCCGUGGAAUGAGGAGUGAAAUACGCGCAAAAAAAUAGGCUAUUUAUAUGAUUGGUGUCAAAUGUAUUUAUGUCCUGGGUAUCAUGGUUUAUUUUCCCAACAAUCGUAAAUAAACUACUUGGAAUCUUGUGAUAAACUUCAAACAGUGGAUACUUCUAAAAUGAGCGCUUUGGUGACACAUUUGUGGAUCUAUUGAAUUAGGCUAUGCACGGAAUUCCACUGUCAAAUGACAGUUUCAAAGACGUUUGUUUUGUUUCCACUUUGUCGCCCCUCUUUCUUUCAUUUCAUCCAUCCACCGUAUCACUCCGUUAACCAGGUUAGAGCCUGAGAGAAAGAAAGCCUCCGUCUCUUAUAGCGCGCCCACACGGGUACCGGGGUCGGGAUGUGGGGUGGCCGAGGUCUCCCAAUGUCUGUCACCGUGGUUGUGACUCUGCUCCUGGUUAUUAUUGACGUUAAGGCGAGUGGAGAGUACUGUCACGGUUGGCAUGACACCCAGGGCACCUGGAGAGAGGGCUUUCAGUGCCCGGAGAAGUUCGAUGGUGAGGAUGCCAUCAUCUGCUGCGGAAAAUGCGAGCUCCGGUACUGCUGCUCCAGCACUGAAGCACGGCUGGACCAGGGGACUUGUGACAACGACAAGCAAGCCCAGGAACCGGGCACCGACAGCAAGAACAAGGAUACGGGCGCAGGUAAGAACUCUGUCUCUCUGUCUGGCCCAGCACGGUCAGCUUUAGGGGCCAUAGCAGCUGUAUACCAAACGCUCUGCCUCAAGGCUGCAAAACUCUCAUUGUCUGCUCAAAAUUAUAAUUACAGUAUUUUAUAAGUUAGAUUUCAUACUGGCCUAGUUUAAAUUGUUUAACUUAAUAGUUAUACACCAGCAAUAUUGCCUUUCCAAGUAGCUGAGAGUGAGACGGAAAGAGUGGGCCUAAUUUGAAUGGUUAGGCCACACUGGCCCAGGGCCAGAACAAAUGACACAGGCCUAAUUUAAGUAGGAUGUAUGGGGUUCUUCGCUAUUUCAAACAUUUGGGUCUGUUCUAGUUUUUCCAAACGCUAUCUCUAUCUUGGAGCUUAAAAAUCGCUUUAAUAGAUGCAACAGGCCUAUAUCCCGCUUCAGUUGGCAGCAACAGCUGCAGGCUUGCCUGGCUACCCAGACUCCCUACUCUGGCCGAACACUACGCCACGCCCACGGACGUUACUUUCUUCUCUGCAAUGAGUCUGGGCGGCAGGUAGCUUAGUGCUUAAGAGCGUUGUGCCAGUAACCGAAAGGUCGCUGGUUCUAAUCCCCGAGCCGACUAGGUGAAAAAUCUGUAGAUGUGCCCUUGAGCAAGGCACUUAACCCUAAUUGCUCAUGUAAGUCGCUCUGGAUAAGAGCGUCUGCUAAAUGACGUAAAUGUAAAUGAGUCUGGAUCUGAGGACCCCAAUGGGUCAUCAAAUGUGAACACAUUCGGGGCCGUCUGAUUGGUCCAGGAACCGAUGGGUUGGGCCAGAGCCAGAACACACUUGGGUAAAACAGGGGUUUGAAAAUUCUUCAUUGGCUUUGAUACUCUGAUUGGUUAGAGAUGAUCCAAUCAUUGAUUACUUUGUUUUGUACAAUGCCCCUUGUGCCCCUUGUCAACACAAAGGACUUCAAUGAUGGCAGUCUCACACCAUGGUUACACCUGCCACCAUCUGCACAUGUUGAUUUAGUCAAAUAAAAUAAUAUGGGUUUUAUUGUCAGAUACACCAGAUAGGUGCAGUGAAAUGUGUUGUUUUACAGGGUCAGCCAUAGUAGUACAGCACCACUGGGGAAAAUUAGGGUUAAGUGCCUUGCUCAAGUGCACAUAGGCAGAUUUGGGAUUAGGUAUUCAAACCAGCGACCUUUCAGUUACUGGCCCAACACAAUAACUCUAGGCUACCUGCCUCCAUCUAUUUUAGCACUUGGCUCCAGCACUUGGCUCAGCAGAUGCUGGUUCGUGCAUGUUGAUGUGCCCUUGAGCAAGGCACUUAACCCCAAUUGCUCAUAUAAGUCGCUCUGGAUAAGAGCAUCUGCUAAAUGACUAAAAUGUAAAUGUGAUGUGUACAUUUAUUUGGCAAUGCUCGCGCAUGCAACGUGGCAGGUGAGGUUUGCAUGAGUCAUCAGGCUACAGAGACAGUGGACACCCUAGAAAGCCAACUAACUGCCCACUCACUCACAAAUGGUAAAUUGUGCUGCGUGGCGUUAUAAAUAGCUGUGAGUGUUCUAGCUUAAACAAAAGCGCGCGCCGCAGGGAAUGCAGAGCACAAGCUCUGUCCCCAUGAGGAUCAUGUUUGGACUUGACCGGAUCUUUAGGGCAGUGGUUCGCAACGGCGCUGACAGCUCUGUUCAUAAAAACAAAUCGCGUUAUGGAUCAUUUCCCCGCGCUUGCGUGUUGAUUUCCAUCCAGAACACCUCGAGAGUGGGGAUCCCUUGUGUGUUCUUGAAGUUUGCUGAGCUAAAGUGACGUCUGUUUGUCUGGUUACCUUCACAUGAUUUUCUACAGGCUGGGAUGGGUAGGGUGUCCAUAUAACCCAUUGCGCACGGAACCGAAGCCCCUAAUAAUGUCACAUUGUAACCUCAUCUCAGGUUUAGUAGUGACUUAUUAUUAAGAAUUGGGUGUGAUUGGAAGAACAGAUGUCAUAACUCAUCAUCAUUUUUAUUAGAAGUAGAUUUGCUGAAAAACUUCAAGGUCUAAACUGGUAUUAGGUCUUAAUCUCUUGUUUCCAUCAUGUUUACAUAUUUGUCAUAACAAUUGUAGAAUUCUGCAUCAUAGGCUAUAGGAAGGAAAUAGAAACGACAUCAUAUAAUAAUACAUCUGCUAAAUGACUCAAAUGAGUCAAAAAUCUUGCAAUGGUCAUUUUUCAAAGAUAAAUAAUAGUUGGCUACACUUAGUCCAGAUAUUAAACAUCUGCAUCAACAGAGCAUGCCUUUCUUGUAGAGUAACCUACAGUAUGUUUCUCUCUUGGCAUUUGUUGAAACAAUCAUCCCUUAUCACUCCAGAAAGAGCCAUAUACAUUUUCAUACAGUGGACAGCGGCCAAAAUAACUAAAACUAUGGAGGGUUUUUCUCCCAAGAGCAAAAAAUGAAGUAUUUCGUAGUGCAAGGCACCAUUUGUACAUUUUAUACAUUGUUCAUCCACAGGGCAACCUAUUAAUCACGAAGCGAAGAUACACACAGCCACGUCAAUGAAUAACCCUGAGGAGGAUAUUAUAUAUGCAUUAAGAAUAACAAACAGAGCGUAACAUUCAACAUUAAGGAAAAUGUGUGGGAUUCAGGAAAGGAGAGGACCCUUGGGAUUAUCUGGCUGCGAGAUAUUGAAGCUGACACUGUUGCUGUUCAAUAGGAAAUAGGUAAUGGUUUCAGGUUAUUGAUAUCAUAGUGUCUCAGCUUCUACCUCUUCUGUAUCUAGACUAAAUCUAGUCUAGUCGUCAGUUAAAAUCAAAUCAAAUCAAAUCUUAUUUGUCAGAUGCACCGAAUACAACAGUGAAAUGCUUACUUACAAGCCCUCAACCAACAAUGCAGUUUGAGAAAUAGAGUUAAGAAAAUCUUAACUAAAUAAACUAAAGUAAAAAAUAAAAUAAAAGUAACAAAUAAAAUAACAAUAACGAGGCUAUAUACAGGGGGUACUGGUACCGAGUCAAUGUUCAGGGAUACAGGUUAGUCGAGGUAAUUUGUACAUGUAGAUAGGGGUAAAGUGACUAUGCAUAGAUAAUAAACAGCAAGUGUCAAUGUAAAUAGUCUGGUGGGCAUUUUAUUAAUUGUUCAGCAGUCUAAUGGCUUGGGGGUAGAAGCUGUUAAGGAGCCUUUUGGACCUAGACGUGGCGCAUCAUCUAUGGAUCUGUUGGGGCAGUAUGCAAAUUAGAGUGGGUCUAAGGUUUCCGGGAUGAUGGUGUUGAUGUGAGUCAUGACCAGCCUUUCAAAGCACUUCAUGGCUACCGACGUGAGUGCUACGGGGCGAUAGUUAUUUAGGCAGGUUACCUUCGCUUUUUUGGGCACAGGGACUAUGGUGGUACCAUGUAGGUAUUACAGACUCGGUCAAGGAGAGGUUGAAAAUGUCAGUGAAGACACUUGCCAGUUGGUCUGUUGUCCCAGAAUUACAAUCAUCUAAUGACCCACUGGGCACACACUUGUUGAAUCAACGUUGUUUCCGAGUCAUUUAAAAAAGAUUACAUUGAACCAACGUGGAAUAGACGUUGAAUUGACGUCUGUGCCCAGUGGGGAGUGUCUAUAGCUUCAGACUUUAGAGUUCUAUAAAGGUCCUUAGAAAUGCUGGUGACUUUUGUUGUUGCUACGAGAGAGAGAGAGAGAGAGAGAGAGAGAGAGGGAGAGAGCGAUAGAGAGAGAGAGAGAGAGAGAGAGAGCGAUAGAGAGAGAGAGCGAGAGAGAGAGAGAGAGAGAGAGAGCGAUAGAGAUAGAGGGAGAGAGAGCUAUGAGAGAGAGAGAGCGAAAGAGAGAGGAGAUAGAGAGAGAGAGAGGGAGAGCGAUAGAGAGAGAAGCGAUAGAGAGAGAGAGAGGAGCGAUAGAGAGAGAGAGAUAGAGAUAGAGAAGAGAGAGAGCGUAUAGAAGAGAGAGAGAUAGAGAAUGUAGGAGCGAUGAGAAAGGGGAGCGAUGAGUAGGACGAUAGAGAAUAGUAUAAGAGCGAUAAGAGAGAGAGAAUAUAGAGAGAGAGAGGGUAAAAGAGAGAUAGAGAUGAUGAGAGAGAGAUAGAGAGAAGAGAGAUACUAGAGAGAGAUUUGGAGUAUAAGUGGUUAGAGAGAAAGAGAUGCGAAAAGAGAUAUGCGGAGAAGCUAGACGAGAUCGUGAGAUAAGAGAGCGAUAGAAAUAGAGAGAGGUGAGGAGAGCGAUAGAGAGAUAGAGAGCGAUAGAGAGUAGGGAGAGAGAGAGCGAGAUAGAGAGAGAGCGAGAGAGAGGAGAGAGCGAUAGAGAGCGAUAGAUGAGUAGAAGAUGAGCGUAUAGAAUAUCAUAGAGAGAUAGAGAGAGAGAAGGCGAUAAAGAAAAGAGAAGAGAGGAGUAGAGAUAUAUAGAUAGAGUAUAGAGAGCAGAGGCGAUAUAUAGAUCGAUUAGAGAGAGCUGAUAUAGAUAAGAGAGAGAUAUAGAGGAUAGAAGAGAGAGAUAUAUAGAGAUAGAGGAAGAGAAUACUGAUAUAUAGAUAGAGAGAGGAGAUAUGAUAUAAGAGAUAUAUCAUAGAGAGAGAGAGAGAGUAGACGAUAAGAUAUAGAGAGAAGAGAGAGAUAGAUAUGAUUAAUAUAGAUAUAUCAUAUAUAUGAUAUAUUAUGAGAGAUAGAGAUAAUAUACAGAGAGAUAUAUAGAUAUAUAUAUAUAUGAUAUAGAGAUAUAUAGAUAGAGAGAUAGAUAAGAGAGGAAUGAAUAUAUAGGAUGAGAAAACAAAAAGAAAAAACACAGAAGCCUCUCUCAGGGUUACAGUUAUACUCCAUAACAAUACAUCACAUGUUGUAAUAUAACAAGUUCCUCAUUGUGCUCCAAAAGUGUGUGUGUGUGUGUGUGUGUGUGUGUGUGUGUGUGUGUGUGUGUGUGUGUGUGUGAAACACGUAAACUCUGCCCUGGUCCUACCUCUCGGCCCAUUGUUGCCAACAUUCCCCAUGAGUGCUCACUGUUGGGUCAAAAGUGACCUAAACCCCCCAAAGAAACACAAACAUUUAGUAUGAAACACUUUGUUUACACUAUAGUAGGCUACACUGCCAUUCUCUACAUCACUCUGUAAGAGAGUUCGCAUACUGCUUGAUUAGCAAGUCAUCUUCAAUCACUACAACAGGUAGACGGUCUAAUGCUCAUAAUGUGAUUACUGUACUUCCUGGAGCUGAUUUACAGCAGACACAUGGCAGAAAAACAGCUGUGUACUCUGUUAAGGUACUUUGAGGGGUAAAUGACAUGCUAAUUAUGACAGAAUCAUGCAGAUCUAACACACAGUAGCCUGUUUCAUCUCCAGAGUCACGGGGGUUAUAUUAAACACAGUUGCAGUAAGAUAGAUGUAGUAUACAUUAGAGCCCCACUGCAAGGUUGGCCUUUAUAAUACUGAAAAUAUGUAUGGUAUUAGGCCUGUAAUGUGGCCUGUUUCAGUACUCCUAACUAGCCAUCAUUAAUGCCACUCUCAAUAUGUCUUAAUGCUGCCUCUAUACAGUUUAAGGGACUAUUUUAUCUUGAAGGGCCUGGCGUGAUGUGGAUUUAUAUAUGGGAAAAGGUCAGGAGUACCCAUAUAACAAAUUCUGUCUGCAUAACUUUGGUAUGAGACAGAAUCCCCCCUCACACAGACAUACAGUGCCUUGCAAAAGUAUUCAUCCCCCUUGGCGUUUUUCCUAUUUUGUUGUGUUACAACCUGUAAUUUAAAUGGAUUUUUAUUUGGAUUUCAUGGAAUGGACAUACACAAAAUAGUCCAAAUUGUGAAGUGAAAUGAACAAAAUUACUUGUUUCAAAAAAUACACAAAAAUAAAUAACGGAAAAGUGGUGCGUGCAUAUGUAUUCACCCACUUUGCUAUGAAGCCCCUAAAUAAGAUCUGGUGCAACCAAUUACCUUCAGAAGUCACAUAAUUAGUUAAAUAAAGUCCACCUGUGUGCAAUCUAAGUGUCACAUGAUCUGUCACAUAAUCUCAGUAUAUAUACACCUGUUCUGAAAGGCCCCAGAGUCUGCAACACCACUAAGUAAGGGGCACCACCAAGCAAGCGGCACCAUGAAGACCAAGGAGCUCACCAAACAGGUCAGGGACAAAGUUGUGGAGAAGUACAAAUCAGGGUUGGGUUGUAAAAAAAUAUCAGAAACUUUGAACAUCCAACGGAGCACCAUUAAAUCCAUUAUACAUUUUUUAAAAGAAUAUGGCACCACAACAAACCUGCCAAGAGAGGGCCGCCCACCAAAACUCACGGACAGGCAAGGAGGGCAUUAAUUAGAGAGGCAACAAAGAGACCAAAGAUAACCCUGAAGGAGCUGCAAAGCUCCACAGCGGAGAUUGGAGUAUCUGUCCAUAAGACCACUUUAAGCCGUACACUCCACAGAGCUGGGCUUUACGGCAGAGUGGCCAGAAAAAAGCCAUUGCUUAAAGAAAAAAAUAAGCAAACACAUUUGGUGUUCGCCAAAAGGCAUGUGGGAGACUCCCCAAACAUAUGGAAGAAGGUGCUCUGGUCAGAUGAGACAAAAAUUGAGCUUUUUGGCCAUCAAGGUAAACGCUAUGUCUGGUGCAAACCCAACACCUCUCAUUACAGUGAAGCAUGGUGUUGGCAGCAUCAUGCUGUAGGGAUGUUUUUCAUUGGCAGGGACUGGGAAACUGGUCAGAAUUGAAGGAAUGAUGGAUGGCGCUAAAUACAGGGACAUUCUUGAGGGAAACCUGUUUCAGUCUUCCAGAGAUUUGAGACUGAGACGGAGGUUCACCUUCCAGCAGGACAAUGGCCCUAAGCAUACUGCUAAAGCAACACUCAAGUGGUUUAAGGGGAAACAUUUAAAUGUCUUGGAAUGGCCUAGUCAAAACCCAGACCUCAAUCCAAUUGAGAAUCUGUGGUAUGACUUAAAGAUUGCUGUACACCAGCGGAACCAAUCCAACUUGAAGGAGCUGGAGCAGUUUUGCCUUGUAGAAUGGGCAGAAAUCCCAGUGGCUAGAUGUGCCAAGCUUAUAGAGACAUUCCCCAAGAGACUUGCAGCUGUAAUUGCUGCAAAAGGUGGCUCUACAAAGUAUUGAUUUGGGGGGGGUGAAUAGUUAUGCACGCUCAAAUUCUUAUUUCUUGUUUGUUUCACCCCCAAAAAUAUUUUGCAUCUUCAAAGUGGUAGGCAUCUUCUGUAAAUCAAAUGAUACAAACCCCCCAAAAAUCAAUUUUAAUUCCAGGUUGUAAGGCAACAAAAUAGGAAAAAUGCCAAGGGGGGUGAAUACUUUCGCAAGCCACUGUAAACACAGAUCAAAUGCACGCACGCACGCGCACGCACACGCACGCACGCACGCACGCACGCACGCACGCACGCACGCACGCACGCACGCACGCACGCACGCACGCACGCACGCACGCACGCACACACACACACACACACACACACACACACACACACACACACACACACACACACACAGAGGGGUGCAGGGUGGCGGAGGGGGGUGGCGGAGGGGGGCGGCGGGGUCACAGCUGGGCGUGCAGGAUUAGAACAGAUCAAAACAAAGUUAAUAAGUACUAAUGAGGGACUGGGGCCCCGUGGAGACACGCCACUAGUCCACCUCUAUCUCUCCUUUUGUCUCUCCAUCUUUUCUCUUUUGUCUAGUCGUCUCACUCCAUCUCUCCCUUCACUCACGUGGGAGAUUUGGGUUUGUGGGUGACUGUAAAAGCUCUUGGUUUAACCUCUAGACAACCUGGUUUCCUCAUGGUGGUUGACUCGUAGUCUUUCAACUUGACUCAUUCAACCAAACAAGGGCAUUUUCCAAAAUCACGUCAAAAGUCUUCAUGGCAGAAAAUAAACCACUUCAUCAUGUUGCUGUUGUACUGUGUUCAGUUUGUUUUCUUUGAGGGCGUAAGUGGUUAUGGUCUGAGGAAGUUCUGUCCUCACUCUGCUCUGCUUGUUAUAGAGAGAAUGAGCCUGCUUCUUGAUUCCUGCCAUACUGUCAUUCCUGUCAUACUGUCAUUCCUGCCAUACUGUCAUUCCUGUCAUACUGUCAUUCCUGUCAUACUGUCAUUCCUGUCAUACUGUAUAUUUGAUAAUGAGAGAAAGAGAACAGACCCAUUUUUUGUUGUUUAUUGAAAAUCCACGUGUUAUCGUCAAAUCACUGACUAUACCUUUCUGUAUCUCUCUCUUUCUCUCUCUCUCCCUCUCUUUUCUCUCUGUUUCACUCUCCACAGUACCCAUCUACGUUCCCUUCCUGAUCGUGGGCUCUGUAUUCGUGGCCUUCGUCCUGGUGGGUUCCGUGGUUGCCGUGUGCUGCUGCCACUGUCUCCGCCCCAAACAGGAACUGUCAUCAGGGGGCGGGGGAGGCGGGUCUGGCGGCGGCCAUCUCCUUGAGACCAUUCCCAUGAUGGCCAGUGUGGGCACGUCUCGCGGUUCCUCCUCCCGCCAAUCAAGCACGGCCACCUCGUCCAGUUCUUCUGCCCCUCCUGCCCAGGCACCUCGCCCGGCUCCCCAGCCCAUGAUGCGCACCCAGGCCUCCUGCUGUCUGCCUACAGACGCCAGUGUGUUCGUCAACAUGCCCACCAACUUCUCUGUGCUCAACUGCCAGCAGGCCACCCAGAUCAUGCCCCACCAGGCACAGUUCAUCCACCCCCAGUACAUCGGCUACGCCACCCACCACAUGUCCCCACCCCAGGGGGUCUACCUGGACCCCACCCAGGGGGGCUACAGACAGCUGCAGUCCCCCUACCCCCCACCCACCAGUGCCACCAGUGAGCAGAAGUACCCUCCAGUAACAGUUUGAGGAAGGGCCAUUUUGUGGACUGUGUGUAACAGACCUUGUGAGGACUUUGUGGAACUCUGCCAGAAAAUCUUAGGGGGAUUGCGUGAGAAAGCUUAUGGAGAUUGCAUGAGAAACCUUAUGGGGACAUUGGGAG